AUGCGUAAGUUUAACUGUCCUGAAUCAACAGUACGAUCACUGCGCAAAAAUAAAGAAAACUUGGCUGCUUCCGUGAAGGUGUUUUCUCGGUUUCCCUCAGCACGCACACUGGUUGAUACUUCACAGUGCAACAGAUUGCUUGCAAUCAUGGAACAUUACCUAAAUGAAUGGAUAAUCAGAAGGGAUCGAGAGAAGGGUGAUCUUUCUGGCCCUGCAAUAAGAUCACGAGCACGGCUGUACUUUGAUUCAGUGUGCUGUAAGAAAAAUGUUAACCCUCCACCCCAUUUUGCAGCUUCUGUAGGCUGGCUAGCAGCAUUUAAGAAAAGAUAUGAAGUUAAGUAUGCCCUAAAGCAUGGUGAAAGUAGAUCAGCAGAUGAGGAAGCAGCCAGACCUUACCCAGAGAUUUUUCAACGUCUUGUGACUGAAGGCAGUUACAGCCGUGACCAGAUUUUUAACUGUGAUGAAACUGGGAUUUACUGGAAGCGGGCACCAAAAUCAACCCUCAUCGCCAAGAAUGAAAGACAAGCUAGGGGUGUGAAGCCUUCCAAGGACUGCAUUACUGUUUUAUUCACAGCUAAUGCAAGUGGCGACCGUUUGAUGAAGCCCCAAGUCAUCUAUCGCUCUGCUAAGCCUAGAGCAUACAGGAAUUCCAAUAUGAACCAGCUUAAUGUUUAUUGGGCCAGUAAUAAGAAGGCUUGGGUCACGUCGGCACUGUGCACUGACUUGUUCGACAAUCAUUUUGUCCCUGAUGCCCAGAGUUAUUGCAAGAGGAAGAAUUUAGAUUUCAAGGUGCUGCUAUGUAUGGAUAAUGCUCCAGGGCACGGAAAAUUCUUAAUAGGGCGUCAUCCUAAUGUAGAAGUUGUCUUCCUCCCGCCUAAUACAACAUCACUUCUACAGCCUCUUGAUAAAGAGUUCAUCUGCAACGUCAAGCUCUUUUAUUAUCAGUCUCUCUAUGAUGACAUGCGUGUCAAGACUGACUCGCUAAAAGAACUAGAGAGGAUUGAGGCUGAGCUAAGUGUACGUGACCAGGAUGAGCCCGAUGAACCGAUCGCCAGCACCAGUUCAGACCCACCACCAUCACAGACCCGAGAAGUGUUAACCGUGAACCAGUUUUGGAAAAACUACAACAUUAAGGAUGCUGUUGACCGCAUUGUGAAGGACUGGCAGAAAAUAAACAAAGCUACAGUGUUACACGCUUGGAAGUUUUUGUUAGGUGAGGUCGGAACAGCUGUGCGUGAGCGCCAGCAGGAAGCCACUACACUCUCGCAGACUGUAGAAGCUGCACAUCUGAUCCCUGCACCUGGCUUUUCGGCUGUGGAGGCCAGUGACUUCCAAGAAAUUAUUGGUAUCCAUCAAGAGGAGGCUACUAUUGAGGAGAUGCUUGAGGAAGAUGAAGCUCAAGAAGAUCCUGAAGAGGAUGGACAGCAGGAGCAAAAUGUUCAGCCAGGCGAACCAACAACUCGGCAACUGACGGAGAUUCUCACCACCUUCUCACGGCUGACUGAACAACUGGAGGAAUAUGACAGGCGCCCAUAUCCACGCAGCAUAUUACAGCCAUCUCUUGAUCAAGUGAUGAACAUUUAUAAAGACCUCUACAUGUCUCGUGUUAAUGCUCGCCACCAGUCACUGAUCACAGGAUACUUCAGUCAAUCACAGGCUGCCAAUGCUCUGGCUAACGUAACAGUAGAAACAGGUGAAGAUGAAGAGGAUGUCGACGACCUGCUGGGCCUUUUACAAGAUGACGACAUCGCUCUGGAUUUUGAUGGCUUUGAAGCUGAGGUUGCACUCAGUGCUGGGGAUGAUGUACAAACAGUGGAGGAGGGAGCAAGUAGCCAGUAG